AGAGAAAAUAGAAUUAUGAAGAAAAAUAAAAGGUAAAAAAUGGCUAAAGCAAAACGAGGUAAAAGUGGUUCUUCAACUGAAACAGCUCGAUGGGAAACAGAACUUAUUCAAGCUUCCUUUAACGAUGAAAAGUGGAAGCCCAUGGUAGUUGUUUUAGCUCCAAGUCACCAUUAUGACAAAUUAAUUAUAUCACUGGUAUCAGAUGCAAUACAGUCUGGACUUAGAAAGUUGUUUAGUGUUGUUGAUUAUGAAGCUCUCCUAAGUGAGGUAAAAGAAAUUGCUACUCAAAACAAAGGUGGAAAGGGAAAGUCAUCUGGUGGAAAACAGCAUCGAUUUUCUGAAGUAUGUGAUCAAGUGAAAAAGGUUUUAGAUCAAAACGAAACUAUAUCACCACAGUUACUUACAAAAUUAAUUAAAUUCAAAUUGCUUGUUAUUAAAAGUAAAGAUUUGGAUAGAAGAGAACAAGAAAACAAGAAUUUAUUAACAUCCUCAAACUCUAAACAUAAUCCUGAUAGUCGCUCGCAAUCCAAGAAUACUGCUAGCCCAAAAGGAAAAUCACGGUCGCCUGGGAAAGGAGGAAAAAAGGGCGCCAAAAAGGAAGAAAAACCGCCUUCACCGAAAAAAGACACGAAAUUGAAAAAACGUGGAGAGGAAUCAGAGAGUUUUAAGACAAUUGAUGAUGAACCUGAUGGAGCAGAAGACCCUAAGCACUACAUUGUUUUGACUGGAUUCACGGAACCAUCUUUGUUGAAUUAUUUAAACGAGAUGAAGGUUACGGUGAAUACAAUAAUCAACCUUAAAACAGAUUACCUUAUGAAACAUCAGGACGCUAUUGAAAAUAGUGAAGAGGAAUCUUCUGAUGAAAGUGAUGAGCAAAAAGCUUUGUUGCAAAGUCAACUUGAUAUAUUUUGGCAUGAUUCUGCAUUGAUUGUAAAGCAAGUACCUACUGGACAUCCGCUACGUAAUACUGCAAAGUUUGAUCUAAUUGUCCAAGAAGACUGUUUACCUGAACAGCCGUUUGAUGUCCUGGAUCAGGAGAAAAAGGUUGAAUUCAGUACAUGGCUUUUUGAUAAAGUUGCUGAUGUCUGCUUUGACACAUUGGAUUAUCAGCGACAAUAUAAUAGAUAUUUGGCGAAUUUAAAGGUUAUCGAUGUUUCAAGUGAUGGUAUACCAGAAGAUAAAUCUGGAUCUGAAGUUGGCGAGUCACCAGUAAAACCACCUUCUCCUGACUUACGUUAUUACAGAAAACUAAUGAGUAAGAUUCCUAUUGAGAGUGAAAGUGUUCCUCUUAUAAUGGACUGUUUGUUGGAACAGGUCGUUGCUAUAACUGAUGGUCCAAAUCCAAUGGAUGUUCUUCCUCCAGCCAGAGAAGAUGGUUUAAAUCAUUUGGUUGGUGAAUAUUUAGAUAAAAGACUAGCAUUUUAUGGAAUGCAAUCGAGUAGUCAGAAUACUGCAAGCAUCAAAGCAAAGAAAGGGAGCAAACCAGAACUACUCUACUAUGAGGAUAAGUUUAAAGCUGCCUUAUUAAACUUUGAUGAAAAUGAUGACAAAACGAAAGCUGCAGAUGUGUACACAAGAAUGCAAAAAAUAAACAUUUAUUCCAACUAUGUAAAUUAUCUUUGCCCAACGCAAGAUGAAUGGAUUGAAAGUUACAUACGAAGGAGGCAGUUGUAUCAGUUUUGCUGCAUGGGUAACGAGAUAAGUGAGGAAAUAUUCGAACAAGCCAUGCGCCAGUUCAUAUUUGAAUCUCUGCCACUUGAGACUGCUGCGGAUUCAGGAAAUGUUAUAGAACAUGACACGUUUGAAGAACAGUUGGAAAAAAUUGUAAGCUGUUGGGAUCAUCCGUACUGCGACAUGCAAAAUAUUUCAAGCCAGCAGGACGUUGAGAAAAACACCUCUGAGAACGCCGCACUACAAGUAUUUCGCAAUCUCAAUCACUAUUGCUGGUUAGAGCGUUUCGAGCCGGGUAUACUAUUCCAGAUAUUGGAUGCCGCAGCAGACAUUCGUCCCUUCUUAGACACAUACUACAAUCGGGGAAACAACACCAUGCUGAUGGUUCUCCAUAAUCCAUCCAAUAAGAACUUACAAAACAAUACGAACUGGGAUGCGUGGCUUCAUUCUAAUGUUGGCUUCCGAAACUAUCUAGAACAUGUGGCAUAUGAAAUUGAAGAUUGGACAAAAGAAGCGGAACGAUUGGAAGAGGAGAAAACAAAACAGGAAGCACCUCAAGAAUCGACGGAACCAUCCCCUGUCCCCCCACCCAUCAAGGAAAGAAGCAGGUGGGGCCUUAAAACAAGAGCAGAAAUACUGCAAGAGGAAAAUGAGCGAAAAGAAGCUGAAAAGAGCAAGAAAAGUCCUCGUUCUAAAAGUAGCACCCCUAAGAAGUCUAAGUCACCAGAAAAGAAAAAGUCAGAAAAUAAACGAAGGACGCCUUCGGCAAAGAAAAGUCGUUUGACAACUUCCGGAAAGAGGCCUGGCUCGACAAAAUCAGGUGCAAGUUUUCAGACACAGUUGCCCCCGUUUUCACAACCAGAAAAAGAAUAUGAUUUCACUGGAUACAAUUUAGGCGAUAACUUGCUGUCGGUCUCUGGCGAUCUGUCCUAUCUCUUUCCCCAGAAUAAAUCACUCAUUAAAAUAGAACGAUUUCAAUACGUGCAAGCGAACACAAGUGUCAUGGUGAGUGUAAUGAAGCGAGGAGAUUUGUUCACAGUCAAUUUUGUCAAUCCUUUGUUUACUGAAAACGAAGAUCAAGAAGGCGAUGUUAUUCAGGAGGUGGUGAAAUCUAACCUUACAAUGAAAACAUCAGAAAACGGUAAGCUUAAUGGUUCAGAUGAAAUUGAGAAAAGUUCAAAGCCAGAAUCGAUAUCAGGGGAGAUUGAGAAAGUUUCAAAAUCUGAGUCUACGUCAGGUGAAAUCGAAUCUGAAUUUUCGCUCCCAUCUCUUCCGGAAACACCACAACCUUCCUGUAUGUACUCCAAUAUCAACGCUACCUUUUCCGAUGGAAUGAUUCUAAGUUUAAGCUCUUCGGUAAACACGACAAAUAAUAAAUUAGUUGAUAAGAUGCUGUCGAUAAGCAAAGAACCUAGCGAAGUAAGCAAAGAACCUUCGCAGUCUACUGCGCAUCCGAAAAGUCCAAAGGGUAAGCGUACUAAGAAGGACGAAGACACGAAAGCGCAAGAGGAAGCCGAUAGAUUAUUACGAGAACAAGAAAACGACAGAAAAUUGCAGAAGCGCAGACAAGAAAUAAUAAAAAUAUUGAAAGACAAGGAAGGGUGCAAAAAUCUGUUUGUGACUACACCCGAUGGUUUGCACAUGUCAAUUUUGCAUAGCGUUCAUUGGGUAGAUGGAGAGUCGUAUGAGAAGACAUUGGUGCUAAAGCAGGAACAGUUUGUCAAUAAAUUAGACGAAGAUACCUUAGAACAAAGAGAAGUUGUCAAAGAAUUGUAUAGGUGCAUAACAGAAAAUGGUUGGUUAAUGAAAUACAUGUCAGAUGAAACAAUCGAAAUCUUCACACCAGCCGGUGAUGUCUUGAGGUCGUCACCUUACGUGAAACCAUCACGUUUCGAAGAUUUGGUUGCGUCGUCAGAAGAAACUCCAUCCUCAAGACCGAACUCAAAGAAACAUGGCAAGCAAUUAAACCAACUAGUUGAUGAAAGUGCUACCGUUAAAUCCUCGCCUUCAGUAGUGGAAAAUAUUGUUGAAGGAUUCGAUGCAGACUGGCAUGUAACGUUGUCGUCUGGUAAACAAAAGAUAAUCAAAUCUGACGGCGCAGAAGAAAGUCUGGAGGAUUUAUUAGUGUCGUCUGCUACUUGUUUUGACACGAACCAGAUUCUCCUAACACGAGAGGAUGGUGUUAUCACAAUUGAAAAACCAAACGGAAGCAAGAUCGUUGAAUAUCUAGAUGGCACAAGGUUUACGAGUUUCAGUCAGCAAUACGAACAAAGACAAUUCAAUGCAGAAACAGGAGAAGAAGAAUUCGUACAUAAAAUUGAUCAUUUCGUUAAGAUUGAGCAUGAUUGUAUGGCUUCCGUUCUAAUCAACCAAUCAGUACCUUCAAUGACAAUCUCCUUUGGUAACAAGAAAGAAAUAAAGUGCUUUAAAAAUGGCGGAUACGUUAUUUCGAAGAAUGAAAACGUGGAAAUGAUUAUUGACAAACACGGUAAAUCCUCUCUCCAUCCGAAGCACGAUUUUGAUAUUUCAUCUGAUGGAUCAAUUGAAUUACCUGCCAGCGAAUUGAUACCUGAGGAGCACUGUGUUAUUAAAGAAUCAAGUAAACAGUGUCUCGAUCUGAUGGACGGCGAGGGGAAUAAAUUUGUUGUCCACGCAUCGGGUGAUUUCACUGUUGAUAAAAAGCCCGAGGGUCAUGAUCGAACAACAAUCCCUCCUCGAUAUUUUGUCGUUUACCCUGAUGGCAGUGGAGAAGAGUUGCUCCAAUAUGAUGAUAUUGCUGAAUACUUGCAAGAAGCAGAACUCGACCCAUCUGCUGCAGUUCUAAAGACUGGCAUUGAAGGAGAUGAUGAAGGGAAUGCAGUUACAGUUAUGAAACCUUAUGAAGGACCACCUUCCAAGGUGUGGAGAAAGAAGAAAGACGAAGCUAAUAUAAUUCCAUUAAGUUUAAGAGAAAGGGACUUUAAAUCAUUCCCUGCACGUGAAAUGAAGAAGCCUGGACCUCCGUUUGGUACCAAAAAAGAAGUGCCUGCUAAAAUUGUUCCCAAGAAAGCCCCGAGUUGUCCAGCUUUGUUAGAAAUACGUCAUUUGGUGCAAUAUAAAGAACUCGCACAAGAAAUAAGAGAACAAAUUAUAGAUGGUAUUAGCAGGUAUGGAGAGUUUGUUCAACAACAACAAGAAUCAGAUGCCGCUCUUUUGAAGAUAGAUGAAAGAAGUGACGAUGAAAAACUGUGUGCUGAGGACAUACAAAAGAAGUACUUGCAUAAUGAACAGGUAACUUCAGAUGAAAACCUCACGGUGUCAGCUGAAGAGAUACUUGCUAAGAAGUACAUUGACACCAUUACGCCUCCCUCCCCCGAACCUGUACCGACUGCCAAACCGCAAAGAAGUGAAGCUGAAUGGGAAAGAGACAGAAUCGAAUUGGCUGAACUAAAACAUGCCAAAUCCGUUAUCCGAAAGCAGGAGUUUCCUCCGUACUUUGACACAGAAGAGGGUCAGCGGUUUCUUUAUGAAAGUGGUAUCCUACCUGAUAUGGAGAAGUUGACCAGUGAUUUAGCAUAUGAAACUGUACAUCCUGUUAAAGGUGAUUCUCCCAUUUCUACGACGACAUUAACUAGAUCGCAAAUUUCAUCUAUGGAAUCUUCGGCAGGAACACCAGUUGCGGCAAGCACACCUCAAUUUGAAGACUCGUCUUAUUCAAUGCAAUCUUCCUGGUCGUCGAUGAAGUACGACACAAGCGGUAACACUAUCUCGCCGCACGUCUCCUCACUUGACGGCCGACCUUUAGGUCCGACACCGAAACAGGCCAGUAACAUGACGUCAAGUUUUGAUGGCGUUCAAGUAAGUGAAGAAAAUACGAAACUACAAACCAUUCCAGAACUUCUCACCAACAGAUCGACGAGAUCUGAACCUUCUAGCACAGCCUUAAGAAGUUUAACCUACGAUGCUUCAGGAUCACUACGAAGAGAUUUAGUUAAAACGCCAACGUCUAUAUUGGGUUCGAAACCUAACGCAAUAGCGAACAAGAGGUUUCAAACUGUGGAGGAAUCAGUACGUCGACAAAUCAAAACGGCGUCAGUCUCAGGUGCAGUCGAUCAUGAUAUAACCUCUAAACUUCGUGGUUUCGUUUUAUUGCCAGACCUCGUAGAUUUUGGAAUUUUAAGAGAAGGCUUAACUUACGCGUUUUCAGUCACCAUGAAAAAUGUUGGCGUUGAUAGUUGCAGGUUUAAGAUUAAGCAACCACCCCCGUCUACAGGGAUGAGAGUUAUAUACAAACCUGGACCGAUAGCAGCAGGAAUGUCAGUGAUAUUUGACAUUGAAAUCUUCGCUCUUGCUGUCGGUGUCGAGGGAAGCUGCGGAAUUGGACAAAUAUCGCAUCACAUUGAAAUUACUACAGAAACUGAGAUUUUGUUCCUACCCGUCAUUGCAACUAUUAUAACGCAAGAAGAAUUCGAAAAUCCUUCAGACCAAGGACCACGAGGAGGUCCUUCAAAAGGAACAUCGAUACUUGGACAACGUCCUUCAUCGAGAGAAUCAUUAACCCGACCAAGAAGAGAAUAGAUAGAAGGAAUGGUGAAAAGUUUUCGCCUCUGUAAACUAAAACAAAUUCGUUUAUAUGUUUAUUUGUAAAUUAUUUUAUUUUGUUGAAAUAAGUAAUAUAUAGAUUCAGUAAAUAU